CAAUUGGUCUGUUUUAUAUAAAUUAAACCUUUUGUUUUCUCAGUGCUCAUCAUUCGGUUCAGUGCAAGCAAGACGCGGGACACUUGUUAUUUCAACACCAAAAGUUGAUCGAUCAUUUAAUAAAGCACUACCAUGUUAUUUCUUAGAAGUGAAGUGUCUUAUAGUACCGAUGUUGGACACUACAAUUAACCAUAAACAUCACUAUCACUUCUAUCUUUUGUUUCCACAUCAUCUCUUCACAAUAAAAAGGCCAAAAAUCUGAAACCAGAUAGAAAUUAAAUAUCUAUUUCAAGAAAUGGAGCUCUGGAAAUCCAUUGUGUUGUUUAAUUCUGUUUUAAUAUUUAUUGGUUGUGUGAGUUCACUUCCAUCCAAGCAAGAUGGGUUCUGGUACGAUAACAGAAUGGACAAAACAGAAUCAAUAUUAAUCGAGGCCUUCUUUGAUCCAGUGUGCCCUGACAGUAGAGAUUCAUGGCCCCCCCUCAAGCUAGCUCUCCAGCACUACGGUUCUCGUGUCUCUCUCGUUGUUCAUCCCUUCCCUUUACCUUACCAUGAUAAUGCAUUUAUUACCUCGCGAGCGCUGCAUAUUAUCAAUAAGUUGAAUACUUCUGCCACAUACAGAUUACUGGAAUCUUUCUUUGAUCAACAGGAUAAGUUUUAUGGCAAAGCAACUUUCAACUUGUCCAAAGCAUCUGUUGUAGAUAAAGUUGCAAAAUUUACAUACAAUGCAAUCGGGAUUUCGAAUUAUGCUGCUGUAAAGGAUGGAUUUACUGACCGCAAAACCGAUCAAGCAACUAGAAUGUCCUUCAAGUAUGGUUGUGUGAAAGGCGUAUAUGGGACACCUUUUUUCUUCGUAAAUGGGUUUCCACUGCCUGAUGCUGGCUCACCAUUGGACUACAAAAAAUGGAGAAAUACACUUGAUCCAUUGUUUUCACCAGAGGACAAAUGAAGAACUGAAACUUUGCAUUUCUUCUUGUGAAUCACUGAUCUUUAAGUCUUUAGUUGUAUUUGUAGCCUCAUCACCUUAUAUCUGAGCUAGAGAGACACACUUUUAACUCUUAUGUUUACAGAUAUAAUGACAAUAAUUUAUUGCUUCUCUAUA